GGAUCAGGCAACCCUUGAAACCGGAAGUUCUCAUUCUUACAACGCUGCGCGGGAAAGGCGGCUGUGUUUGGGUGAAAGCGGGAGUGACACGAAGCAACUGUGUAGAACAAUUGUUACGACUAUUGCAACUUUAAUAGUCAAGGAGUCAGAAUGAAGGUGGUAACCUGUGAGAUUGCCUGGCAUAAUAAGGAGCCAGUGUACAGUCUGGAUUUCCAGCAGAGCGGUGAGGGAAGGACACAGCGACUGGCUACAGCUGGGGUGGACACCACAGUUAGGAUGUGGCGUGUGGAUAAAGGGCCUGAUGGGAAAGCGGUCGUUGAGUUUUUGUCUAACUUGGCACGACACACUAAAGCAGUUAACGUAGUGCGUUUCUCACCCACCGCUGAGGUCUUGGCAUCUGGAGGGGAUGAUGCUGCUAUCUUGCUUUGGAAACUGAAUGACAAUAAGGAGCCUGAACAAACCCCGACCUUUCAGGAAGAUGAAGAUGCUCAGCUCAAUAAAGAGAGCUGGAGUGUGGUAAAGACUCUGAGGGGACAUAUUGAGGAUGUAUAUGAUAUCUCAUGGACCAGUGAUGGGAAUUUGAUGGUUUCAGGCUCUGUGGACAACACUGCCAUCAUGUGGGACAUCAACAAGGGUCAGAAGAUGUGCAUUUUUAAUGAUCACAAGAGUUAUGUGCAAGGAGUAGCAUGGGACCCACUUGGGCAGUACAUCAGCACAUUAAGCUGUGACAGGGUAAUGCGCGUGUACAGUGCUCACAACAGGAGAAAAGCUUACAGCGUGAGUAAGAUGGCAUCAGCCGCUUCUGCAGAUGGAGAGGUGAAGAACUACAGAAUGUUCCACGAUGACAGCAUGAGAUCGUUCUUCAGACGUCUCACCUUCACACCAGAUGGGUCAUUCCUCCUUGCACCAGCUGGGUGUGUCGAGGCUGGAGAGAAUGUCACAAACACCACUUAUGUGUUCUCCAGAAGAAGCUUUAAGAGGCCCAUUGCUCAUCUGCCCUGUCCAUCUAAAGCGACCCUGGCUGUGCGCUGCAGCCCAGUGUACUUUGAGCUGAAGACAAAGAGAACUGAAGAUGGUUCACUGAAGCCGGUGUCAAAUACAUUUAAUCUGCCAUAUCGGCUGGUGUUUGCGGUUGCAUCAGAAGACUCUAUCUUCUUUUACGACACACAACAGACGAUGCCGUUCGCAUAUGUUUCCAACAUUCACUACCACACACUGAGUGAUCUGAGCUGGUCUCGUGAUGGCUCGUUCUUGGCAGUGUCUUCCACUGACGGCUACUGUUCAUUCGUGUCAUUUGAAGAGGGGGAGCUGGGCAUCCCAUUGAAGGAGCGACCUCCACUGGAGAUGGUGACCCCAUCCUCUACCAAUGAGAAGAAGGGAAAGAGACACUCAGCCAAUGGCAGGACUGCUUCCCCAGUGCCUCGCCAGGCCAGCAUACCUGUCGUACAGGAUAAGGAGAAAGAGGGAUCUACUGGCCCUGCAUCCUCGAAGACCCCCAGCGUAUCUGGGCCAGAAGAGAAACGCACACCGCAAGGGAAAACCAAACCUCAGCCCAGGAGGAUCACACUCAACACCCUGGAGGGCUGGGGCAAACCCAGCACCCCCAAAUCACCAGCAGCUGCUGCCAGUACAGCUCCCAGCACACCCAAAUCUGCUCCCUCUACCCCUGGAUCCAGCAAAGGACCUCUUACACCUCAUACAGCCCCCAGCACUCCUUUUGGACCCCUCAACUCCAAAAGUACCACAACUCCAAAAGGACCCACUCCUAGACGAAUUUCACUGACUCCAGUUGUACCCAGAUCUCCCAAUCCCUUUGUCACCCCAUCUUCCACUGAGAAAGCCAAGCAUGAGAGACCAUCUCCUCCCAGUGACCCAGCGUGCAAACCUCCUGAGUCCAAGAGGUCCAAGACUGAUGUUCUCAAUGGUUCUACCCAGAGCAGUGAGCACAAAGUGGGCACAGAACCCAGUGUCACACCCCAGGAACCAUAGGCACUGAACAUGGUUCUUUGUGCAUCUUUAUUAGCACUCACAUCCUCAGAAAUGAAAUAUACUCAUAAACCAGUAACUUAAAACACCUGAUCUCUCAUGGACAUGGAGUGUCAGAUAUGGACUUUCUGAAGCUCAUCUUCACUU